GGCAGGCGUCGAAUAAGAGAGCUUCUUCGGCGUGUUUCGUCCACCGGCCGGUAUCUAUUGCGAAAGAAAUCCCCAGAAAUCAGCGCCGCAGGAGAAGAACCAGCAAGCCGGGUUUCGAACCGAUAAUUACCCUCUUCGUAUGGCCUUCAUAUCCGAAAUGAGUCUCGGGUGCUCGGGCGUUUCCUUUUGAGUGCAGUCGUUUUUUUUCCCUUACGAAGCGGGGCCCGCUGCUUGUCCUCACUGAUCUAUGGCGACGUGAGCCUGCCGGUUUCCUCAGGGUCUCCCCGAGUCUGCCGCCUCUCCCUUCCCCGAGUGCUUACCUCCUGCACACCCACCCCAUCCACUCUCGAACCCCGGCUUUUCUCCUUGUCCAGCCUCCCCUUCUCCACUUCCCUUUCCCUGGCAGUGACGGAUCUCAUCUCGAUUCCUGAGUAUUGGCCAACACAGUCGGGCCCUAGUCGCUCUCCAUGUUGAUACAGCACUUACUUAACAGGCUGCAGUUCUUUGUCGCGUUAAGUCAAGCCAGCGGUAACAGCAGCAGCAGCUCGUCUGCAAAGGACGGGAUCCACAACUGACAAGAGACCAUGGAAUGUCAUCUCUAGCCUUGGGUUGAAUAUUAACAAAAACAAUCAUUUUCUUGUGACUGACCCUCCUCCAACCUUCAUUUCGUAUGUGUGCAGACAGUGCGAACAGAAAGUGCAUCACACGGGACCACAGCCAGCACAAUGUCGGAGGACAAGAAUGCGGAGAAGUUAGUAAAGGAUACUUCCAUCUUAGACGAAUACAAUAUCAACUGGACCCAGAAGCUGGGUGCUGGAAUCAGUGGUCCCGUCAGAGUGUGUGUGAAGAAAUCGACGCAAGAGCGCUUCGCACUGAAGAUCCUUAUCGACCGUCCGAAAGCUCGGAAUGAGGUUCGACUCCAUAUGAUGUGUGUAGGUCACCCCAACAUCGUUCAGAUUAUAGAAGUCUAUGCUAACAGUGUACAGUUCCCUCAUGAGUCCAGUCCCAGGGCCCGGCUGCUGAUCGUCAUGGAGAUGAUGGAGGGAGGAGAGCUCUUUCACAGAAUCAGCCAGCACCGGCACUUCACUGAGAAAAUGGCCAGCCAAGUAACAAAGCAGAUCGCUCAGGCUCUCCAGCACUGUCACUCCCUGAACAUCGCUCACAGAGAUCUCAAGCCAGAGAACCUGCUCUUCAAGGACAACUCACUGGAUGCCCCUGUUAAACUCUGCGAUUUUGGAUUUGCCAAGAUUGACCAAGGUGACUUGAUGACCCCCCAGUUCACUCCUUAUUAUGUAGCACCUCAGGUACUGGAGGCUCAGAGGAGACACCAGAAAGAGAAAUCUGGAAUAAUACCUACCUCACCAACUCCUUACACAUACAACAAGAGCUGUGACUUGUGGUCGCUGGGUGUGAUCAUCUACGUGAUGCUGUGCGGGUACCCGCCUUUCUACUCCAAGCACCACAGCCGCACCAUCCCCAAGGACAUGCGCAAGAAGAUCAUGACUGGGAGCUUUGAGUUCCCAGAGGAUGAGUGGAGCCAGAUCUCUGAGAUGGCCAAGGACAUUGUGAGAAAGCUGCUGAAGGUGAAGCCAGAGGAGAGGCUCACUAUUGAGGGGGUGCUGGAUCACCCCUGGCUGAACUGCACAGAGGCCCUGGACAACGUGCUGCCUUCUGCACAGAUGAUGAUGGACAAGGCGAUAGUUGCUGGUAUUCAGCAAGCCCACGCAGAACAGCUUGCUAACAUGAGGAUCCAGGAUCUGAACGUCAGCCUCAAGCCCCUCAACUCUGUCAAUAACCCCAUUCUGAGGAAACGAAAACUGCUGGGCACAAAACCCAAGAGUGGGUUUUUCUUCCACGAUCCAGAGAACGGGACGGAAGACUCGAACGUUGCUUUGGAGAAGCUGCGAGAUGUGAUUGCACAGUGCAUCCUGCCCCAGGCUGGAGAGAACGAGGAUGAGAAGCUGAACGAGGUUGUGCACGAGGCGUGGAGGUACAACAAGGACUGCAAGCUGUUGAGAGACGCACUGCAGAGCCUCAGCUGGAAUGGGCGUGCCUUCUCAGACAAAGUGGAUCGCUUGAAACUGGCAGAAAUAGUUAAACAAGUCAUAGAAGAAAAAACGAACUUGCAGGACUCUCAGUAGCAAGUGCUUUACUUAUUAUAUUAUUUUAUUUUUUUAUUUUUUAUGGUUUAUGAUAACUGUUCUUAAAUAACUGUAAAGAGUCAUUUUUAUGUAAAUUAAGUACAGGACUUAACAAUAAUGCAUUUUUCAUGGAUUUGCACGCAAUUGCUGUGUAGCUGUAGAUAUAAAAAAGACUUGUUGGUACUGUAAUAUUUUUUAAAUACAGCUGAGUACAUUGCAAAAGAAAGCAUAUGAUUUCAUUUGCAGAAAAGAAAAGUCAAUUCUAGACCCUUUGGCAGUGAUGUUGUACCUUCUUAUAGACUCUUGUUGAAGCAGUUUGCUCUAGUGCUGCUUUUUUAUGUUAAAAAAGAGAUCUGUUUUUUAAAAUGAUUAUUAUUUAAAAGGUUCAGUACUUUUGAGAAUAUCAUUUCCAGCCGUACCCCUAAUAAAAAGAAGUCAGGUUUUGUCCCACCUCUACAUUUUGGGUCCUUCGUUCUAAGUUCUGUGGCAAAGCAAAACGAAUCACCCAGAACAGUGAAACCCCUCCACGGGCCACCAACUGGACUGAGUGAUGGUCUUAAUAGAGAUCUGGUGUUACUAGAGGUCAUCUUCUCUCCAAAUUCAAUGGGCCUGAAUAUCCUGCUUGUAUCAAGCUGUUCACAAGGGUUUACUGUAUUUGGUAACAGGGGCAUUAGCAGGUGGGUGCAGAAUUAAGCGAAAACCGUAACUUCAAUGUAUUCUUUUUUAUCACUUCUAAAACACCUGUAAUUCACACACAUGUUUGUGCUAAAGCAAAACUAAAGCGCUCAACCAAUCACCAGGACUUAGAAUGCCCACACCAAGUUCCAUUAGAAUUGGGCGAGUGGUUCUAAAUAUAUUCCCAUAAUUUGUAAUUUGUAUGAGAUUAUUUUAUGAUCUGUGUACCUGCACCUUUUGUAUAUUCUUCUCAGUGGAGACAAUACAUGUGUGUCUAUUUUGCAUGUUUAACUAGGCAGGGUAGUAGUUAUGACACUGCUAGAAAAACAACAGAUCUAAGAAUGAAGAACUAUAAAGUUUGAAUGGGUCCUUUAAGAGCUACAAGUUUGACAUACUGGCGUGUUGGUGUUGUCUCAUGUCAUAUAGCUGGUGUUAGUUAUUCAUCAUUUUGUGGCCACAUUUAUGAUCUUCUAUAUUCUACUACACCCUUCCUGUGCAGAGAGCGAAUAUGGAACUCUCAUCAAGCAGCAGGCUGAGACAGGAACAGGAAUUAUAUCUCGUUUCCUGCAAGUUCCUUCAAGUUUAAAGCAUUGUGUAAAAAGAACAAUACAAAAAAGUAUGUUAAAAGAAAUAUGGACAUGCUGCAUUAUCUUCAGGGGGCCCAUGCCAAGGCACCCAUACUUCAAUGUGAAGUUUUGAAAUUGAAAUGCUGAAUAUUUAUAGAUGAAUCCGAACAUUUCAUCCCAGAAUCAAUGGUACUGUAGUUUAGAUUCAGGAUCACAUGCAAACCCUUAACAAUGAAAACGGUUAGGGUUCAAAGUGGUGGCUUUUGUGCAAGCAAACCCUUUUUAGAAAGCAUGUGUGUCCGUGGGGGAAAACCAAUACACAAAUACGAGGAACAGCUUUAACAACGAAAUAAACUUUUUAAUUUGCUCUUUCCAAUGCUUCUGAUGAAGCCACAAUGAAGUUCAGUCCAGGUGUGGUAAUACUGGACAGAAUAUCUUUUCCUUGUUCCAGGAAGUUUUCAUUUUGCACCUUUUAAACCAUCCAGUGUAGAAUUAGUCUUGUCUGUGAAACCCAGCAAAACAGGAGUGUGCUGUUAAUACCAGUCUUCUGGGGCUGUUUGAGUCAUGUGUUUUUGUUCUUUCCAGACAGACUCUAAAGGCACAUUUCUCUUCUGUGUGCUGGUGUUGAUGGUUUUCUCACACAGUUCAAUCUCGUCACAAACAACUAGCCUAGCUGUGCAAGGGUUCACCUGUUUCAGUGGCAUAUUGACACGGGUCACAGCCGUCCAUCUCGUGCAGUUUAAGGGAAGUGAACGAUCCUGGGAAGCACAAACAGAUUUAAUAAGCACGUUAUUAGCAUCAGUGUUGGUGUGAUGAGAAUGACCUCUGAGCACCUCAUGGUCAGUGUCAUUAAAGCAAGUUAAUAUUUAGAUUGCAUGUUAGGCUGGAUACAUUAACAUUCAUUUGGUGUUCUUAAAUUGCCUCCAGACUGUCAAACAUGGUUUUGUUUGUGAGAGAAUUGGGAGCUGAAAAACAAACAAGCCAAAAUGUGUUUUUAUGCUGCAGAGAUGCUCAGUUUUAAAAACACAGGUAACUAUGAUGGUUCUGCCUGUAACCAGUUAUAUUACAUUUUCCCCCACUAAGAAUCCUCUCACAUCGUGUUGAUACAGUAGGGGCUGGUUGUCAAAGUGAUUGUGAGUGUAAAGAAUCAAAUGAACUGACCAGGCAAAAGAGCUAGGGUCAGCAUCACUCUUCCUCUAAAGAGGAUGCAGGAGCCUGCCUAUUACAUUGGCCUGAAGUCAAAACGGCCUGUUUAAAAGACACAACAGAGACCUGUUCUCACCAUUAAACUGGAACAGUUCUAAUGCAUUUCAUCUUGAAAGUGUGGACUCUUAUUAAGGGCUAGGUGCUUGAACUCCACUAAUCAGGUAUCUUUUCAAACAUUGGAACCAAUCUUGCUUCCUCUUUAAAACUGUCAGGUGCUGAAUUCAAAGAGGAAACAAAACACACUGCUGCAAUAGUUCAAUAAAACACACUGCUGCAAAAGUCUUUUCAAUAAGCCUGUAAGGGGAGCACAACAAAAAGUAUUUCACUUUCCCUUUAACAGAGAAACGCAAUUCCCUUUAAGAUUGGACUACACAAUGUAAAAAAAAAUAUAUAUAUAUAUAUAUAUUUUUUUUUUUCUUCAAAAUGCUUUAAAGAGUAAGUAGCGGGGUUUCGAAAAAUCCACGUGUUGCUACAACUGUUUAAAUAACAAACCUGUAAUUCUGUUCAUUAACAUCCUGACAACGUUUUACACUUAUAACUUUAGUCAGUUUCAAAGCUGUUUUCAAAAUGGCCGCUCUAGUGCACUGAUAGUGUAAGGAUUAUUACCCACGUUGUCAAACAGGUAACACAGCAAUAAUGAUCCAUGAUGUGGUACGGAACAGAAAAGCCAGAGCACUUGUUAUGUUUAUUUUUUAUUUUUUAAUCGCUGUUCCUGCAGUGAUUUAGAGGACAGAUCUCAAACCACAGUGCACUAGAGCAGCCAUUUUGAAAAGAGCUUUGAAACAGACAUUAAAGUUCUAAGUGUAAAAAGUUGUCAGGAUGUUAACAAUGAAAAGAAAAAAUACAGGUACGUUAUUUAAACAGUUGUAGCAACACCGGGGAACUUAAUGCUAUAUUUCUUUGGAACCCUGCUACUUAGUCUUUAAAGGGGAGGAUCAUUUGGCUGAAUAUUUUGAUUUUCUGCCCAUGUGUAAAUAUUACUAAUAUUAUGUGGUUUACUGUAAACAUAAUAGCAGCUGAGAUGAGGAACCCUUUUGCCCGUCAAUCGUGUUACUGAAAUUACCUGGUGCCAGCAAUCUGGAAAAUCAGGCUCAUUACCUGUAGUGACUCCCUUUAUAUUCUUGCUUGGACAUUUCAAUGUGGUGAUAUUAAACUAGUUGGACUAUAGUUUGCAUUGAACUUUCGUCUGGUACGUUCAGUACGACUUUAAGAAAUUACCUUCUGAAAGAGGCAACCAUGGAGGGAAAAACUGCUCAAAGCAGAUUUAGCACGGGCUUGAUUGCUGCCAUCUUCGCAACGUAUUUUAGCAAUACCGGUCAUUGCAAUAAAACAGGACUGAGUGCAGCACAAGUAGAUUCCUCUCCUAGACAGCGUGGAGGAUCUCCCUAAGCAGAACAGAGUGAGGACUUGCCUUGUAUCCCCACGUUUUUAACCAAGCAGAUGUGCUUUGCAGAUGCAUUGCAAUACUCCACUGUCGAUUUGAUUUUGUAUUUAUUUAUUAUGCAAUGGACAUCAGUUGUCAUGUUUAAAAGCUACAGUAUUCCAAUUGUGGACAGCACUUUAUUUUAAGUAGCAGUAAUUACACUGUACUAAAAUGCAGAUGCUGUGUACUCGGAUCGCAUUCGAUGUGUAUUAGCAUAUGCACUAGUUGUAAAACAAAAUCCGUCUUUAGCUGACAAACUGCAAUGUAUUAAAUGAGUAUUUCUAGGAUUUUGUAUUAUACAUAGAAAUCAUGCAUAUAUUAAUACACAGCCAGUACUAUGUAAAUACAUCACAGCAGUGAUACUGAUGUACUUCCAAAUGCAGGAUUACUAAAGUAAGUGUUUGCUUUAGUUUGUCACGUCUCAUUUCAAGGGCACAUUGUAUUUCAUGCAGUGAAAACAUAGCCAACAGGCUUCAUAACAAUAUUCUGAACAGUGGUGCUGUGGACAGUUUUGUGAAUAUCAACUUCAAAAGAAAAUAGCUUAUUAGCUACUUAUUUUCAGAAAGGAAAACACACCUUAUUGAAAAAUAUGCGCUAUGGGAAAAGCUGAGUAAAUAGCUCAAAGUCUUUUAAGAAAGUCAGUAGUUCAAGCUUUGUUCAUAGGCGUGUGUCAUAGUGUUUAACAUUUCUAUUACUUUAUAUAUUCUUGAACUUCAUACGGAGAGUUUGCAGAAUAGCAAAACAUGUAUCCAGUCAAAGCAUUUUAAUAUCACGUGAAAGGGUAUGGCAAACAGAGUUGACUAUCGGUUCUCUGAUAACCUGGCACAAUAUCAAUACAAUAUGCCCGUAUACAGUGCAAAGCAUUAGAUUGGUUACAGUGGAGGGUUACGUUAACAGAAGUGAUAUUCAACUGUAGUUUGGUUAGCCUGCACUAAAUUGAACCAAGAAAUGCAUGGAACAUCUGUCCACUCCAUUUGAACUAGCCUUGAUAGCCCCCACUGAUGUUGAGCCAGUGUAGUACAGUUAAUGAUGUUGAGCCAGUGUAGUACAGUUAAUGAUGUUGAGCCAGUGUAGUACAGUUAAUGAUGUUGAGCCAGUGUAGUACAGUUAAUGAUGUUGAGCCAGUGUAGUACAGUUAAUGAUGUUGAGCCAGUGUAGUACAGUUAAUGCUUCCAGCUGAGCAAGGUGUUUGAAUGAAGGGCAUGACCUCCCCGUGCCUCAGAAACCCCCUUAUCUUCCCUCCUGCGGGAGAGGGGGCUGUUCUGAAGAAAAUCGCAGUAAUAAACAUGAUCCUCUUGUUUAUGUUGGACUCCAGAAAACGCAGGUAAGGGAAACCGGUGUUGGGUAGAAAUCUCAGAUAUGACGUGAACGCCUUUGUUUUGGGUCAACAGUGGGAAUACCUGUUGGAAUCAGACGAUGUAAAUUCCAAUUGCAAGUUCACAAUCUAUUUUGGCUUAGAGGGGGGCAGUCAAGCCAAGUCUCUUUAGCUGUAAACCAACUGCCUUCACAAAAAAAAAAAACUAUUUCAA